UUGAUACUGUGGAAAGUGCUGCCACUUCUAUGGCGGAUAUUGAUAAAUUUUUAAAAUAAAAAAUAUUAUACUUUUAUGAUGAUAACAUACAGAAGGGAAAAAUUUCAUAGAUGCUUGGUAAAUACACAAUUAUUAAAAGGAGAUGACGCGUGUCCAAGUAUAAUUUCAAGAUCACAAUGGCAGGCUAGAGAAGUUAAGAGUUUAAAUUAUCUCAUAAAUCCUUUGGCUUAUGUUGUUGUUCAUCAUACUGUUACUCCAAAAUGUGAAACAAUCGAUUCUUGUUCAAACCGUGUGAGAAAUAUUCAAGAUUAUCAUAUGGAUGAGUUGCUUUGGGGUGAUGUAGGAUUUUCAUUUUUUAUUGGAGGAGAUGGUAAUGUAUAUGAAGGAGUUGGUUGGAAUAAAGAAGGAGCUCAUACGUAUGGAUGGAACAAAAAAUCAAUAGGAAUAGCAUUUAUUGGAUCGUAUCAAACGCACAAAGCAAGUGAGAACAUGUUACAAGCAGCUGUUAAAUUAAUUUCUUGUGGAAAACAUGAGGGAAUGUUGAGGCCUAAUGUAAAAGUAAUUGGAGCAAAUCAAGUCACGAGUACAUUAAGUCCUGGAGCUAAAUUAUUUGAACAGAUCAAAAAUUGGCCAGAAUGGAUAUCGAAUCCUUGAGAGAUACUCAAUAUAUUUUAUUUUUGAAUAUUCAAUUUUUAAAAUUAUUAGUCUUAAUACAAUUUGGUAUUCUUUUCCAAAAUACUUUUUUUUCAAUAGUCCUAAGUGUCCCCUUUAAAACAAACAAAAGACCAUUUCUGUAUUUAUAAUAGUUUUCGAAAUAUUUAAAAAAUAAAGUUGAAAAAUUAGAAAAAUAGUAAAAUUUUGAAUUUUAAAUAACUUUGAAAAAAAAAUUUUUCAAUUUUUUUCCUUUUGCAAAUCUUUGUUUUAUGAUAUAAGAAAAGUUUUGACCAAAUUUCGUCCAAAUUGAAAAGGGUCGAUUCCAACUAUUGGUCAAUUUGACAUAGAAUGACCAAUAUACAUGUUUUAUACGAUUCAUCAAGAUAUUGAGUUUCAUUUAAAUUAAAAAAAUUUUCAAAAUAUAGUUAUAACUUUUUCUUCGAUGACCUUUUAGUUUUUGAUUACUGUGAAUUUAUUUAA